UUCCUCUAGUCGGGCUGGGCCGAAUUUCCCCGAGCACAUUUGGGGGGAAACCCUCCUUCUUCCAUCUCGCUUCUCAGUUCUCCCCACUCCGCAGCCGCAGCCGCCACUCACAGUCACAGCCGCGUCCGGUCGCUGCCAUGGCGGCGGGCUCCAAGGAGAGGAGGAGGAACCCCGCUACCCGCCUCACCGACGACCUCAUCGUGGAGAUCCUGUCGCGACUGCCCGUCAAGUCGAUCUGCCGCUUCAAGUGCGUCUCCAAGCACUGGGGUGGCCUCAUCUCCCACCCCGAGCACCGCAAGAGGCUGCCCCAGACCCUCGCCGGCUUCUUCUACCACACCACCAGCGACGAGCGCUUCCCCGAAUCGGCCCGCCACUUCACCAACGUCACGGGCAGGGGCACGCCGCUGAUCCGCCCCUCCCUCUCCUUCCUCCCGGGCUACGCCGACAUCGAAAUCUUGGAUUCCUGCAGCGGCCUCCUCCUAUGCCGCAGUUUGACGGCCGCGGGCGCCGUACGCUACGUCGUCUGCAACCCGGCUACCAAAGAAUGGGCGGCUCUGCCGGAGUCCAGACAGGCUGGGAAAAUCUGCGAUGCGCGGCUGGGGUUUGACCCGGCCAUCUCCCCCCACUUCCAUGUGUUCGAGUUCGUGGAGAGAGAGGAUGAAGACACUGAUGGCUACAUCAUCUUCGAUGGUAGUACGGCAAAAUCAAUUAAGUGCUACAACUGAUAAAGUAAUAAUGAUAAUAAGCAGGAUAUGUGAAUGAAAAUGAACAGAUCAAACAUGCAUUUAGAUUAACGAUGGAUGUUAUACAGACUAAAAUUUACAGGUACAUAUGAUUCCUAGAGAUACAGUUUUAA